CAGGCCGGGCGCCAUCUUGCCUUGUUCGAGAAGAAGUACAGGCAUCGAACGGAUUGGAGGCGGUAUUGUAGGAACGGUGGCAACAACCGUGUUCCGUGACGGGAGUGGAUUAUAAAUAACCCUGCUGCUAUGCUUCCAAGCUGUGUUCUGAGUCAACUUAAGUUUUAAACACGGUGAGCUUCUGAGGUAGAAAGUAGAGUGUAUUGAAAGACUCAAGAUGUGGGAUCAAGGAGGACAGCCAUGGCAGCAGUGGCCCUUGAACCAGCAGCAGUGGAUGCAGUCCUUCCAGCACCAGCAGGAUCCAAGCCAGAUAGACUGGGCUGCCUUGGCUCAAGCUUGGAUUGCCCAAAGAGAAGCUUCAGGACAGCAAAGUAUGGUAGAACAACCACCGGGAAUGAUGCCAAAUGGACAAGAUAUGCCGACAAUGGAAUCAGGUCCAAAUAAUCAUGGGAAUUUUCAAGGCGAUUCAAACUUUAACAGAAUGUGGCAACCAGAAUGGGGACUGCACCAGCAACCCCCACAUCCCCCUCCAGAACAGCCUUGGAUGCCACCAACACCAGGCCCAAUGGAAAUUGUCCCUCCUUCUGAAGACAGCAACAGUCAGGACAGUGGAGAAUUUGCCCCUGAUAACAGGCAUAUAUUUAACCAGAACAAUCACAACUUUGGUGGACCACCUGAUAAUUUUGCAGUGGGGCCAGUGAACCAGUUUGACUAUCAGCAUGGGGCUGCUUUUGGUCCACCGCAAGGUGGAUUUCAUCCUCCUUAUUGGCAACCAGGACCUCCAGGACCGCCAGCACCUCCCCAGAAUCGAAGAGAAAGACCCUCAUCAUUCAGGGAUCGGCAGCGUUCUCCUAUCGCACUUCCUGUGAAGCAAGAACCCCCACCAAUUGAUGCAGUGAAGCGCAGGACUCUUCCAGCUUGGAUUCGUGAAGGGCUUGAAAAGAUGGAACGGGAAAAGCAGAAGAAGUUGGAGAAAGAAAGAAUGGAGCAACAGCGCUCACAAUUGUCCAAAAAAGAAAAGAAGGCCACAGAAGAUGCUGAAGGAGGAGCUGGCCCUCGUUUACCUCAAAGAAGUAAAUUUGAUAGUGAUGAGGAAGAUGAAGACAAUGACAAUGUUGAAGGUGUAAGCAGUGGAAAAGUCACGAGAAGUCCGUCUCCAGUCCCUCAAGAAGAGCAAAGUGAACCAGAGAUGACAGAAGAAGAGAAAGAAUAUCAAAUGAUGUUGCUGACAAAAAUGCUUCUGACUGAAAUUUUACUGGAUGUGACGGAUGAAGAAAUAUAUUAUGUAGCCAAAGACGCACACCGAAAAGCAACGAAAGCUCCUGCAAAACAGCUGGCACAGUCCAGUGCCCUGGCUUCCCUCACUGGACUUGGUGGACUGGGUGGUUAUGGAUCAGGAGACACAGAAGAUGAGAGGAGUGACAGAGGCUCUGAGUCAUCUGACACUGACGACGAAGAAUUACGGCACCGAAUCCGGCAAAAACAGGAAGCAUUUUGGAGAAAAGAAAAAGAACAGCAGCUGUUACAUGAUAAACAGAUGGAAGAAGAAAAGCUACAAACAGAAAGGGUUACAAAAGAGCUGAACGAAUUUAUUCAUAAAGAGCAAAAUAGUUUUCUACUAGAAGGAAGAGAAACAGACGGUGAUGUGGUUAAUGAAAAGAAAAGAAUUCCAAGUGAAAUGACAUCAGCUUUAGAACCCAAAAAAGAGCAUAAAGCGAAAGAGAAGCAAGGAAGGAGUCGGUCAGGAAGUUCUAGUAGCGGCAGCUCCAGUAGCAGUAGUCGAAGUAGCAGUUCCAGUAGCACUGUGUCCACUUCUUCCUACAGCUCGAGCUCCGGUAGUAGUCGGACUUCUUCUCGGUCUUCUUCUCCUAAAAGGAAAAAGAGACACAGUAGGAGUAGGUCUCUCACCAUGAAAGCUAGGCGUAGUAGGAGUAGAAGUUACUCUCGCAGAAUUAAAAUAGAGAGCAAUAGGGCUAGGGUAAAGCUUAGAGAUAGGAGAAGAUCUAAUAGAAAUAGUAUUGAAAGAGAAAGACGAAGAAAUCGGAGUCCUUCCCGAGAGAGGCGUAGAAGUAGAAGUCGCUCAAGGGACAGGCGAACCACUCGUUCCAGUCGAAGUAGGAGUCGAGAUAGGCGUAAAAUCGAUGACCAACGUGGAAAUCUUAGUGGGAGCAGUCAUAAGCAUAAAGGUGAGGCUAAAGAACAAGAGAGGAAAAAAGAGAGGAGUCGAAGUAUAGAUAAAGAUAGGAAAAAGAAAGACAAAGAAAGGGAACGGGAACAGGAUAAAAGAAAAGAAAAACAAAAAAGGGAAGAAAAAGAGUUUAAGUUUAGUGGUCAGGAUGAUAGAUUAAAAAGGAAACGAGAAAGUGAGAGAACAUUCUCUAGGAGUGGUUCAAUAUCUGUCAAAAUCAUAAGGCAUGAUUCUAGACAGGAUAGUAAGAAAAGUACUACCAAGGAGAGUAAAAAACAUUCAGGCUCUGAGUCUAGUGGAAGGAGCAGUUCUGAAUCUCCAGGAAGUAGCAAAGAAAAGAAGGCUAAGAAGCCUAAACAUAGCCGAUCGCGAUCCAUGGAGAGAUCUCAAAGGUCUGGUAAGAAGGCAAGCCGCAAACACAAGUCUAAGUCCCGAUCAAGAUCAACAACCCCUCCUCGUCGUAAACGCUGAGGAAUGAUGUGGCAAGACUGCCAUGAUGUUGUUUAAAAAAUUCCAUGAGUUUUAAGGGCUUGUCUCAUUAUAGAGGCACAUUGUGGCUAUGUAGGUGAAACCAGAUCUUUUUUUUUUUCUUUACCCGUCUGUAAAUAGGUGUACUUUUUCCAAAUGCUGCUCUACGUUACUUUGUAUUACUUUUUUUUUUUUCCCAAAAUAGUGCAUAAGAAUAUAAACAUGCCAUUCUCUUUCAGCUGUAAUGUUUUUAAAAUUCUUGAAUGUACUGUGAUGUCAAUAAAGCUCUUUAGUUCAUUUUUGUUAA